ACCAAACUACCCAAGAAAGAGGAAGAAACAUCUCUCCAACCCUCCUCCAUUGCUGCAACUCGAGCUCAACCAAGGAGGAUCCAAGAAGUGGGAUUAAAGAAGGAAAAAGGCUAGGAAAAGUGUGAAAUAAUUAAGGUAAUGACCUUAUUAUAACUUUUUCUUUAUUUUUCUUCUACCAUAUGAGAUAUAUAUCAUGUGAAGAAUCCUUAAGAGGGUUCUACAUGUUAUAAGUGUGGAUUAAUGGGUUGGAAAGUGAUUCUAUGUCCAAGAACGGACUUAGAAGCCAAAACGACCGGUUCACCGGAAAAUAACCUUUUUGAGGUUAUUUGUAUUAAUAUGGGUUUUAUGAUUAUAAAACCUUGUUAGGGACUUGUAAAGGGUAUUUCAAGUGAUUUCACAAAGUUGGAAAAGUCGCCGGAGUAGUCGCCGGAGUUGACCAAAAGUCGCCGGAGUUUCACCGGAGUUCAACCAAGAAGGGUAAAACUUCAAAACGCUAGCUCAAGGUUGAAGCUAGAGCUUGCUACUUGCACCUUCUCACGGGUGAUAUCAAAUCAGGGAGACGUGAAAUGGAGGGCAGGCGAAUGGGGACCAGGAACAAUCCGAGAGGGCAAGCGCCGGUAACAUCCCAAAGGGGAAGCCGGGCUGCAUCUCGGGGUUCGAGGGGAGGCCGUGGGAGCCGUGGAGGUCAUCAAGCUCAAACUGUGAGUGAUGGCCAUGUGAGCUCGGUGUAUGAAACCAACACCGAGGACUAUGACUCAACCUAUGUUCCAGAAACGGAGCAUGAGGAGACCCCGUAUGAUGGGGGUGACACAUACACCGAUGAUGAUGAUGAAGAGAGUGAUGCCAAGUUCGCCCAAAUGGGCGAAUUGCUUGAGUGGUAUCAAAAAGAAAAGCUGAGGAGAGACCUUAGGCGCCAAGCAAGGCGUGGCUCUCGCGGUGCUUCGGGUCAAGGAAGCCGGGGAGCUUCAAGGGCCACUCCCGUGGCGCCACAUGAUGGGCGUGAAGGAGGUUUUGUUGUAAGGAUAUCCAAGUACCUCAAGGAGGCUAGGGCCUUGGGGUGUAGGUCCUUUGACGGCACCGGUGACAUUACCGUUGCCGCCGAUUGGAUCAAGAAGGUGAAGGAUGCAUCAAGGGACAUGCAAAUCACACCGGACGUGAAGUUGACUGUCGCUUCACGGCUCCUUGAAGGGAUAGCUUCUACGUGGUGGGAGAGCGUGGAAGGGAAGUACCAUGGGGAAAUAACAUGGGCGGACUUUGAGCUAGAGUUCUAUGCUCAAUACUACUCCGAGUACGAGGUGAAUGUGAAACGGAGAGAGUACACUAACCUCAAACAGAAAGAGGGCGGCACAGUUAAGCAACUGGAACAAGAGUUUAGAACCUUGGCUAGGUUCUUGCCGGAGUACGCGGUUGAUGAGAACCGCAUGACGGAGCACUUUUGGGAUGCCCUACUCUUGGACAUCCGUGACCGAGCUACGUACUCGCGUCACAUGACCUUCAGUGAGGUGGUGGAGCAGGGCCUUCUCGGGGAGGCCCAAUGGAAUGAGAGAAAAGAGAGAGACGUCGAGGAGGCGAAAAAGAGGAAAUGGCAAAGUUCGGGGCCGCCCGAGCAAGCACGGAAGGAUAAGCACGGUGGAGGUGGCGGUUCGUUCAAGACACCGGCACCACCGGCAAAGAAGAACAGGGAUGCUCGGUGGCAUGCAUCCUCCUCACAAAGGACGGGGCCUCCAAAGUGUGCCAAUUGUUCGAAAAAUCAUUUUGGGAAGUGCAAUGCACCCCCAAGGUGUUAUCAAUGCGGGAACACGGGCCACAUGAAGGCAAAUUGCCCACAAUUAGGGGGAGGAGGAGCUUCGGGAUCCGGAGGAGGAACCAUGACGGGAAGAAACCGUGCGGGACCGUCAAACGGCGGUACGGGAAGAGGCGGCGCGUCCACAAGCCAUGCCGCGUCCGUAAAUCAAGGCGGGACCCAAGCACGAGUGUACGCAAUGACCGAGGCGGAUGCGCGAGCAAACCCGGACUCCGUUGCAGGUAAUACGCGUAUUCCCAUGUAUUUCUAGGCUUACUUUGAUCAUAUACGUCGUUGGGAUUGAGUGUGGGCCACCCCGGGGUCGAACCGGGUGAGUUAGGCCGAAUCUGGCUGGAAACAGCCACUGCCGGCCAGGCACGCCCUCAGGCACGCCGUGCCUGGAAUCGUGCCUGGAAGGCAGUGGCACCCGAAGAGAAAAAAGGAAAAGAAAAAAAAUUUGGGCCAGGCACGGCCGCAGGCACGCCGUGCCUGGCGUCGUGCCUGGGAGGCAGUGGUGUCCGAAGAAGUUUUGGCCAGGCACGGCCGCAGGCACGCCGUGCCUGGCAUCGUGCCUGGCCGGCAGUGGACAGCAGGGUGAGUUUGUUGCACGCACGGCCGUGCCUGCCACCCAGGCACGCCGUGCGUGGACCCCCAACACCCGAAAGUUGAUUUUUUCGCCCCGUUCUUCUACGUUUGGACCCCCGUUUGAUUCCAAACAUUUGUAUGGACCUAAUAACAUCCUAAUGAUGUGUAAAAACAUUAGAAAAUGUAUCUUACAUGGUGUAUAAAUGUAGGAACAUUAAAGAUCAAUGGUAGGUGUGCGAGGAUCCUCAUCGAUACCGGGGCACAACGCUCAUUUGUGAGUGAGGCGUUCGCCGAGGGCCUUGACGUGCCAUUGACACCUAUGACGCAAACAUUGCUAGUUUCCACACCGUUAGGAGACGACGUGGAGAGAAAUCAUUACUAUCCGUCGUGCGAGGUAGAAGUGACGGGUCGACCUUUGACUUGUGAUUUCGUACCUCUAAGCAUGUUGGAGUUCGAUGCAAUCCUAGGAAUGGAUUGGCUCGAGAAACACCAUGCUCGAGUAGAUUGCUACACCAAGGUGUUAGAGCUCGAGGAUGAUCAAGGAAACACACUAUGUUUCGAGGGAGAUCGGGGGAAAUCUAAUGCUUGUAUAAUAUCCGUGAUGAGAGCACGGAAGAUGAUGAGGAAGGGAUGCCACGCAUACCUUGCCUACGUGGUGGACGAUACCAAGAAGGAAGUCGACAUCAAAGAUGUACGGGUCGUGUGCAAAUACCCGGAUGUCUUUCCCAAAGACCUACCGGGGCUCCCACCCGAUAGAGAGAUAGAGUUUGUAAUCGAAGUGGAGCCGGGAACCAAACCCAUUUCGAUUCCCCCUUAUCGAAUGGCACCGGCCGAACUCCAAGAGUUGAAGGUCCAACUACAAGAAUUACUGGACAACGGGUUCAUCAGACCCAGUCAUUCACCGUGGGGAGCCCCCGUACUCUUCGUAAAGAAGAAAGAUGGUACACUAAGAAUGUGUAUCGACUACCGACAGUUGAACAAGGUCACAAUCAAGAACAGGUAUCCUUUACCUAGGAUUGAUGACUUGUUUGAUCAACUUCGAGGGGCUAUAGUAUUCUCGAAGAUUGACUUGAGGUCGGGGUAUCAUCAGUUGAAGAUCAAGGAGAGCGACAUACCUAAGAGUGCAUUUCGCACUAGGUAUGGUCAUUACGAGUUCCUUGUGAUGUCAUUUGGUUUGACCAACGCACCGGCGGCAUUCAUGGACUUGAUGAACCGGGUGUUUAGUGAAUACUUAGAUCAAUUUGUGAUAGUAUUCAUUGAUGAUAUCUUAAUAUACUCCAAGAGUGAGGAGGAGCACGAACAUCACUUGGGGCUUAUACUUGAUCGACUAAGGGAAAAACAACUCUUUGCCAAGUUCUCUAAAUGCGAAUUUUGGCUCAAGGAGAUUGGUUUUCUCGGUCACGUCAUAUCCGGUUCGGGCGUUGCUGUGGAUAACGCCAAGAUAAAGGCUAUCAUGGAUUGGGAGAGACCCAAGAAUGUGAAAGAGAUACGUAGUUUCCUUGGCCUAGCGGGAUACUAUCGUAAAUUUGUUGAAAAAUUUUCUGUAUUGGCGUCUCCAUUAACGAAGCUCACAAAGAAAGGGGCCAAGUUCAUAUGGGACGACAAGUGUGAGAAAGGAUUCCUUGAACUGAAGAAACGACUUACCGAAGCACCAGUCCUUACCCUACCCAUACAAGGGAUAGGGUAUGAUAUAUACAGCGAUGCUAGCAUCCAAGGGCUUGGAUGUGUACUGAUGCAAAACGGUAAAGUGAUUGCAUAUGCUUCAAGGCAAUUGAGAAAGCACGAGGUGAACUACCCUACCCAUGACCUAGAAUUGGGGGCGGUAGUGUUUGCACUGAAAAUCUGGAGGCAUUAUCUCUACGGGGAGACAUGUCACAUUUUUACAGACCAUAAGAGCUUGAAGUACGUAUUCACUCAGAAAGAGUUGAAUAUGAGGCAGAGGAGAUGGAUGGAGUUGAUCAAGGACUAUGACUUGAUCAUCGACUAUCAUCCCGGAAAGGCCAAUGUCGUGGCCGACGCACUGAGCAGGAAGAAUACGACAGGGACGCUACUCACAUGUCUACAGGCAUUGAGGGCACGCGUGGAGGUGUCCACGUGUGGGGCUCUCAUUGCUCGAUUCGAGGUUAGGCCCACCCUAUUGGGCGAGAUUAGUCGGAGUCAGGCCAUGGAUGAGGAAUGUCAGAAGAUCCGUGAAAGGAUCUUGGAAGGACCCGUUGAGAAUUUUCGGGUACGUGAUGACGGUCUUUUAUUGUUUAAAGAUCGUGUGUGCAUACCAAGGAAUGAGGAACUCCAGAAAUCUAUACUUGAGGAGGCUCAUUCUUCGGCUUAUGCUAUGCAUCCAGGAGGUACUAAGAUGUACCGAGAUUUGAAGGAAAGUUACUGGUGGUCAGGUAUGAAAAGAGACAUCGCCGAGUAUGUGAGUCGAUGCCUUACUUGCCAGCAAGUUAAGGCAGAACAUCAGCACCCGGCAGGGCUCCUGCAGCCACUCACCAUCCCAGAGUGGAAGUGGGAGCAUGUGAC